GGCUUUCAAACUUUUAUGAAACUUUUCUAUUCCAAUUUUAUAAUUAUUUUUUUUUAGUUUCGAAAAAUUCAAAAGCUUUCUCAAUUUUUAGAUUUUUACUAAAAUGGAGAAAGCUGAAGAAAAAGGAAAAGAGAAAUUAGAGUGUUUUUUGAGUGGUGGGUUGAUAAGUCGCAAAAGGAAUGUAGAGGAUGAAAAUGUUGAUGUAGAGCUAAGAUUGGGGCUUUCAUUGAAUGGGAAUUAUGGAUUUGACCCGAAAAAGCCUAAAAUAUUGAAUCGUUCUUCUUCAGUAACUAAUGUAGUGCAUUCUGGUAAUAGAAAUGAGAAUGAAUUUCAAUUUUCACUUAUUAAUAGGACAUCUUCUUUGCCGAUGGAGAGUGAGGAGGAGUGGAGGCAAAGAAAAGAAUUGCAGUUUCUGAGCCGUCUGGAGGCGAAGAAGAGAUUGGAGAAAAUGAAGAAUGUUAGAGUUGUUAAGGAAAAUGGAAAUUCUUCUUAUCCGUCAUCAGAGGGAUCACAAGGAAGUGUUGCUUCAAGUGAGACAGGGUCUGAAACCCAACAGUUACCUAUUCAAGGUCCAAGUGGUAGUAGUACUAAUGUGAGAUCUGUAGACAGUGGCCUGUCAAUGGAGGGCAUGCAGAAACUGAUAGCAGAAGACCUGGAAACUACUAAUGAGAAGUCACCAGAAUUGUCAUCAGGGAAAAAUUGUAAAGAGAUGGUCAUGAAAAACUUCAUGUUCAACAUGCCUAGUGUUAGCGCAAGAGGUGAGGGACCAAAUGGAAAGAAGACUGAAGGAUUCUUAUACGCGUAUAAGAAGGGAGAAAAUGUGAAGAUUGUUUGUGUUUGUCAUGGUAAUUUUCUAACCCCAGCUGAAUUUGUUAAACAUGCUGGUGGAGGUGACGUAGAUAACCCUUUAAGGCAUAUAACUAUUAAUCCGUAGUGACAAUGUCUAGCUAUUGCUUGCCUAAAAACGGAUUAUUAGCUGUUUUAAUAUCGCUGUUAUUUGAUGUUUAAUUUCCUUUAGUUCUAAAAACUAAGUUUAGUAGUUAGCUAUUGCCCAAAAAGGUAUUAGCUUUGGUAUUAUCGUUGUUAUUUCAU